AUGCUGGCCACGUCGGCAGUUCGUGGUACCCCAUUGAGGGCUGCCGCACGAAACAUUGUCCGCAAGACCACCACGCGUGCCGCAUCCUCGAGCUCCUCCGAGGCGGCGUCCUCUCCCUUCUACCUCACAGCAGGCGCCUCUGCCGCAACCGUCGCAACCAUUGGCUCAAUCGCCUGGUAUUACCAUGUCUAUGGCCGAGAUGUUUUUGCCAUGACACCGGCAGAAGAGGGUUUGCAUCCGACACAGUACCCGUGGGAGCACGCAAAAUGGACCAAGACCUUCGAUCAUGCAGCUCUUCGAAGAGGAUUCCAAGUCUACCGAGAAGUUUGCGCCGCAUGCCACUCUCUCACGCGUAUACCGUAUCGAGCUCUGGUUGGAACGAUGAUGACGGUCGAUGAGGCCAAAGCUCUGGCAGAAGAGAACGAAUAUGACACCGAGCCCAACGAUGAAGGCGAGAUUGAGAAGCGACCGGGAAAGCUGUCCGACUACAUUCCAGCCCCUUACAAGAACGACGAGGCUGCUCGUGCCGCCAACAAUGGUGCUUUGCCCCCGGAUCUAUCGCUGAUGGUCAAGGCCCGACAUGGCGGCUGCAACUACAUCUUCAGCCUGUUGACCGGCUAUCCGGAAGAGCCACCUGCCGGCGCCACUGUCCAAUCCGGCUUGAACUUCAACCCCUACUUUCCCGGAACCGGUAUUGCGAUGGCGCGGGUGUUGUACGACGGUCUCGUCGAAUACGAAGAUGGCACGCCGGCGACGACCUCCCAAAUGGCCAAGGAUGUGGUUGAAUUCCUGAACUGGACAGCGGAACCGGAGAUGGAUGACCGCAAAAAAAUGGGCAUCAAGGUUCUCAUCAUCGGCACUGCACUGCUCGCGCUGAGCGGCUGGGUCAAGCGUUACAAGUGGUCUCCUCUCAAGAACAGAAAGAUUGUAUAUAAUCCUCCCGUCGGCCGGCGUAGCCCACCACGACCGUGA